AUGACAGAUGAUCGAGUGACAGCCACGGCCAUCGCAAUCAGUGCGGAUCCACCCAAUUGGAAGCUGAUCGGUGAGUUUGACAUUUUGAGGCAAAAAGCUGAUAGCAGUGAAAAACCGUUGAACCGUCAAUUCAAAAAAAUGUAUUGCGCGGGGCGCACUUGCGCUCAUUGUCAGCUCUGGAGACCGUGGGCAAGCACGAUUUUAACAAAGACUUGGCCAAAUAGUUAGAAUUCACAUGACAUUUCCAGAUGAAAUCUCGAUUCCCCUUCUGGAGACGGGCGUCGGAACUCUUCCGAUUCUCCAGGCGGCCCUUCCCUCCAUCCUCUCUAUCGAUUGUUCCGACGCGAAAGUGGCGGAACGGUUCCGAAAAGUGUUCCGCAUUGCUCAACUUCAAAUUCAGCAUUUAUUGGUGAGUUCUCGCGUGUUUCUUGCUGAUUUAAACUUUGCAGCGUUCCCAACAAGACCUUUUGAAGCAUUUGGAAAAGUUGGAGGCGGAGCAACUGAAGCCACAAAGGAUAAACGAGAGAAAGACUUCGAUAUCGGAAGAGUUUGGAAAGUUCAAGGUGAACACUUCAUUUUUUUGCUUCUUGUUUUGAAAAUGCCUUACUUUUCAGUGCGACGAUUGCGGAAAGGUGUUUCUGAACGAGAAUUUCCUCACGUCGCACUUUGAGAGACGUCAUCCGAAAGGUGUUCAACACUCGAACUCCGAAUGACUUCUUUUUUUGCUAAUAUUCUAACUUUUGGGUUGAAAUGGUGGUAUUUGAAUAAAAAUCUAACAGAGUUCGUCUAUUCUUGUCUGUUUUCAGACGAGCCGAUUCAAUUUUCAAAACGUUUCUCUAAACCUCCCAACUUUUCGAUCUUUUUUCCGUUCAUUUCCUAAUGAUCUGGGUCAAAUUGUCGCCGUUUUCUCUUCAUUACAAUGUGAACACUUUCACUAUAUUAUGCGAAUCCGAUUACGUCUCUUAACAUUUCUACUCGUUUUACUAGUCAUUUUACCCAUUUUUUGCAUACUUUUCGGAAAUUGGCUCUCUUCCGACGAUUUAGAUAAAGGUAUGCUUUGUUUUUGAAGAAAAACGUUGUGAAACACUUUUCAGACACUCCGACCACAUUGAAAUCGGUCAAAAAGCCUGAAAUCUCCGGUGUAAUUUCGCAAUCGAUCCUUUUGGGAUAUUCGAACGCGGAUCGCCUCACUAUUUUUUCGGCGUUUGCUCAGAAUGAACAAAUUACAGUCGUUUUGUCGUCGUAUGGGUAUUUGAAGUGAGUUUUUGAUGAAACAUUGAAAAAGUAUCGCUUUCUUCCAAUUUGACAGUCGUCGCGUCUACUGCCGAUUGUUCGACGCGGAAAGGCGCGAACUCUCGCAAGAGCCCGUCACGGUUUUCCCCGAAUUCACUGUAAAAUGCGCAGAAACAAGGUCGGCAAAGUUUGUGGCGAUCACAGUGAACAAAAAAGAUGGUGUCGAGAAUUUUGAAGAAAUUAAUCUUCCCGAAAUCGAAAAUGGAAAGGAGAAGCCGGAGUUGGCAGUGUGUUUGGCGCCGCUCUUCGGCGAAACGCCCAAGGAACUGAUGAUCAUCGAGUUCUUCGAGUACUACACGAUUCAGGUGUGUGAAUACAAAAAAAAGGCAGCCAAAAGUUGCGCCUCGACCGAGAUUUAUGCUCUUGUCCCUGGAAGAAAACUUUUCAGGGCGCCGACACUUUCUUCGUCUACACAUUCGAUGUUUCCGAAGAAACCGAGAAACUCCUGAACUUUUACAAAGCCCGAAAAUCUGUAAACCUUCACGUAAUUCCUAUCGGAAACCACACGAAAUGUCUGAAUCGUCAUCGGUGCCGACACGAGAUGCAGUUGCAAGAUUGUGUGUUUCGGACGAGAAGUUUGGGUGCGAAAUGGGUGGCCACCGUAGAUUUGGACGAGAGAAUUAUGCCGAUCGACGAGGAAACGAAGAUUUUAGACUAUGGCAGGUACAAUUUGAGAGAAGAAAUGUUUUGAAAUGUUUUCCUUUUUUACAGAAAAAUCCAUUCUCCUUCAAUUUCCGAGCUUCGUUUCCGGUGCCAAUGGACGUUGCGCUACUCUGAAACUUCAUCGGGCGCUCUGAAAAUCGAGGAUUUGCCGAUGAUGACGUGGCACAAUACGAGCCACGUGGCGCCGCAGAAUCACACGACAAAGUCGAUCGUUCGGCCGCAGAACGUGGAUUCGAUGGGUGUGCACGGCGUGCUCAAAUUCAAAAAUUCGAAAUUCGCGGUCAAAUUGGUUGACCCGGAAGAGGCGGUCGUCCGGCAUUACCGACUGGUUCAUGGAUGGAGCUUUUUCUUGAAGGAAGCCGAAUCUUUCGGCGAUUUCAGUCAUUUUCAACUUUCCGCCGGUUUAUCUUCUAGAAUUAGAGAAAAAGUCGCUGGAAUUAUCGGUGAAUUGACACGGUUUACGGGUUGAAUAAAGUUUUCUAGAGUAAAUCUCAUUUAAAGACGGAUGCAUGUCAAGAGUUAAGAAAAACGCUGAUUUUCAGGGUGAGAAUAGGUGGAUUCAGUGGUAUCAGCUGGAAAACAUUGUUAAUAGCAUGUCGGUCGCUCAGUUGUCCAAAAAAUCUGAAAAUUUCCACGUUUUUCCGACACAAUUUUUUUUAAUAAAUAAUUCUCAAUAGAGCGCACUUGCAGCAUUGACAGGUGACAUUUCCGACGCUUGUCACCAUUUUGCACUGUUUUCGCUCUUUCUCACGCGAUUUUCGGCACAUUUUUCUGUAAAACGUUAAUUUCAAAGUUACUGCUCGUCUUCUAUUGCUUCCCUUCUAAUUUCUGAUAGUUUUUGCUAAUUUCUCACUAAUUUUCUCACUACUCACUGCUAAAUCAAAAAAAAUCAAUAGAAAAACCUUCCCAGUCACUGUACCUUUAAAUUUGGGUCUCGCCACGAAAAUAUUGAUUGCCAUGUGUUCGAUGUGUGCAAAAACACGCAGUCCGUACAUUGUCGUCCUCUUUCCCAUUGAUUUUUGCUAUUUUGCGCUAAUUUAUUGCCGUUUUUCAGAUGUCUUUUCAAGUGAACGUGGCCGUCAACGACGGAGCAUUCCAGAAGAAAAGUGUGACACCGACGACAACGGUAUACCAAUUUUUAUAUCGAAAAAAUUGUAAAAAUGUAGUUUUCAGAUCGCUGAUCUUCACGACGAUUCGAUCAUUUUGAUGUGGAAGGACACGACUAUCGUUUUCGACAUUUCCGAUGAUUCCAACGAACUAGGAGCUGCCAUUACUCUUCUGGUUCGUAUUGUGAAGCAUCUCAACGUGAAAAUCGGGCAAAAUGCACAAUUUCUUCAAGAUUUCUUCAAAAACCCUCAAUUUUGUUGCAGCAACUCGGAGUGACCCAACUGUCGAUGCUCUACGUCUACACAGUCGACUUCCCGUGUCCUUCGGGAGUGAUCAGCUCGAUCGUGCCGGCCCAAGUGCGCCUGAUCACCCAAUUCGCGUCGGCCGCCUCCAAUCUCUUCAACCAGAACGGUGCGAAAGCGGCGGCGGCCCCGCCCUCGAGGGAACAGGGCGAGAUGAAUCUGUUCUCACGGAACACGCUCAACAAUCCGCAAAUGAUGAAAAAGUUCACCGAGCAGGCGUUCUUCGAUCUCAAAAACGAGCCGCACAAAUGCACUUUCACACUGCCCGAACUCGUCGAGCGGUUUUUGGCCAACAAAGACCAGACUUUCAGUCAGUUUAUCUGGAAAGCUGCAUCUUUAGCUCAUUGUUUGUAUUUUCUAGAAGAAUUCGAGGCAAUGUUCCGUGGAUACAUCGAAGAAGAGGUGCACAAAGAGGAAAUCAUCCGGAACAAUCCGAAUUCGGCGGAAGCGAAAAUGUUUUUGGAGGCCAAGAGGAACCAGGAACUCAUCGAGGAGCAAUACUUACAGGUUGGCUAGAAAUUGAAUGUUCAGAAAAUUUAGCAAAAUCGUUCAUUUUUCAGUCGAUAACCCAUCACCCGGAAGACAUGAUCGCCGUCACGAUGCUCUACAUAAAUUUGACGAUAAACGGAGUGGCCGUGAAGGCGUUCAUCGAUUCGGGCGCCCAAAAGUCGAUAAUGUCGAUGGCGUGUGCGGAAAGAUGCGGUCUCAACGGACUCAUCGAUCGCCGCUUCCGGGGAAUGGCCAGAGGAGUCGGCGGAACCGAGAAGAUCGAGGGAAAGAUCCAUUUGUGUCAGUUUUGUGCAGAAAUUUGAGGAAAAUCUGAGAAUACAAACAUUUUAGGCGACGUGAAAGUGGAAGACGCGCACUUUUCGUGUCCGUUCGAAGUGAUGGCUCGCCGCGAAAUGGACCUGUUGGUCGGACUGAAUGUGCUCAGAAAGCACGCCUGUUGCAUCAAUCUCAAGACACAGCGGUACACGUUUUCUAGAAAUUUCUGCAAUUUUCGAUAAUUUUAAGUCUGGAAUUCGGCAACGGAACUUCGACCCCAUUCCUCCAAUCCAACGAAAUCGACACGCAUCUGAAGGAGAUUAUGGCUCUUCCUGAAGAAGGUUUUUGACCUUUAUUCCCGGAAUUUUUGAAGAUUAUGUUUUCCAGAAAUGCAAACCGACCAACCGGGACCGUCUCAAUAG